AUGAUCGCAGUUAAAUGCGACGCGAUUUCGUCCCGUUUCCACAAGGCCGGACCACAGCAGCUGUGCGUUCGUGAGACGCUGCGUUCGGAGACCGUCGGCUAUACGUCCGUCCGACGCGCGAGCCGGGUACACAAUGCUGGCAGAUCGAAGUGGGCCCACAAUACGUGCGCUGUACAAUACGCCGCCCCGCGCCUCGCUCGCGAGCGACAGGGACGCACCGACCUGAUGUCACUGCCCUCGCAACAA